CUCCAUGUACGCGUGGCUUUGCAUUUCUUCAGAAAAGAAUAGCUGAUGUGCAAUCUCAGCCUUUCUGCAGAAGGAUUUAUCAGGGGCCAGCAUGGGCUCUGUGAAUUCUAGAGGCCAUAAGGCCCAGGUGGUAAUGCUGGGCCUCGACCGUGCUGGCAAGACCACAAUCCUGUACAAACUGAAAGGAAACCGGCUGGUGGAUACCCUACCCACUGUUGGUUUUAAUGUAGAGCCUCUUGAGGCUCCUGGACACGUGUCGCUGACUCUCUGGGACAUUGGGGGACAGACCCAGCUCAGGGCUACGUGGAAGGACUACCUGGAAGGCAUUGACCUCCUUGUGUACGUGCUGGACAGCACAGAUGAAGCGCGCUUGCCCGAGGCAGUGGCUGAGCUCGAGGAAGUCCUAGAAGACCCCAACAUGGCUGGUGUUCCUUUCUUGGUACUGGCCAACAAGCAGGAGGCUCCUGAUGCUCUACCGUUGCUCGAAAUCAGAAACAGGCUGGGCCUGGAAAGGUUCCAAGACCAUUGCUGGGAGCUGCGGGCCUGCAGCGCUCUCACAGGUCAGGGGCUACAGGAAGCCCGGCAGAGCCUGCUGCAUUUGCUGAGAUCCUGAUGAAAUGCAGUAACCUCUAACUCCAGGCUGGAGCAGGACAGGAAGCAGGGUCAGCCAGACCCCCUGAGCAGGCAAAUAGAUUAUCCUUGCUUCUAAGAACAGGAGGGGCCAGCUGAUCCUUGAGAAAGUGAAGCUCCGUUUGCCACAUGAGAAACCACGUUUCUCUUGGACGGUGUGUUUUCUUCUCAGGACUUCUUCUCAGUGGCGGUUAUGCGGAAAAUCAACUGUUCUUCAAGUAACACUCGUCAGAGGGAAUAUAAAAACCCUCAGAAUACCCCAUGUAACAGCUCAGUACCAAGUGUCAAUGUCACAAACUUGGUGACAUAACUAUUGAUGACCAAGUUGACAAAUGAAAAGAGGUUUCAAAACUGCAUCCGA